ACAAUGUGUGUGUGUGUCCAGGCUGACUCAUGACAUCAGCCUGGAGGAGUUUGAAGAUGAGGAUCUCUCCCAGGCCACAGAGAUCACUGACGAGGCUGGAGCAAGCCUCAACUAUGACAACCUUGACUCACAAGACCAUGUGACGUGGCCAGCCAGUAGCGAGGCGGGGAAGACAGACGGGCGGGGGUUUAGGGAAUUGCAGGCGGAGAUGAUCCACUUGCAGCUGAUCGAUGCUGAGGAGGAUAUCCAAGAGGAACAGGAGCACUGGGGCCUGAUCCAUGGUUUCCAAGACGACCACAGGCUCAACCAGGAAGAGAGAAGGACCAUUGUUUUAACGCCUGUCCGACAGAAACAGCCUAAUGUCAUAGAAUCAGAAUCUGCGGAACAUCGGGUCACUAUGGAUACGUACAGGCCCAAGAGACCAACCACCCUAGCACUGUUUCCACAGCCUCAGCCUCCCAGGACUCAGGACAAGGACACUAUUAACAACAAUUCGUUUGGAAAGAAGGACACGUGGAAGGAGAAUGUAUCAAACUCAAACUCCUCCUCCCCCCACAUAACAGGGGAUCCCACUAAUGAGCAGGUGAAUGACGAGGCUGUCCAGCAGCACAACGGUGACAGCUCUGUGGCCAAAUCACCACCAAACAGAGGGAAAGAGCAGGCAGUCAAGGCACACAGCAAGGACUACUCCACGUUCAUCUCACAUGGAGUUACAGAAACACGAGGCCGACAGCGAGACGCCAAACAGCGGAAUAAGAAGCCCUCUGCUGCUCCACACAACCAGGUUACAGCAGCAAAACCCAAAGCAGGCAGCAUGAGAGACACGGCUGUGGAGGGGGAUAAGAAUAGGGAUGGUAGCAGGGGGCGAGGAGGAGGACCCGGGCGAGGUCAGGUUCGGGGGUGCUGCCAGGAGGAGGAGCGCCAGCCAGAGGCCACCGAGGAGAUCUACCUGACCCCGGUACACCAGAAGAACCCUGACACUGACUGUGACACUGACCGUGACCGUCCCUUCCUGUCUCAGAGCAGCGAGGGCAAUCGCAUGUCUAUCAGCUCCGAUGCAGAGGGACCCCCAGCAUACACAAACACCACCCUCCCUGACCGAACAAACCCCUCCAUCAGCGAGGAGGACGAGGUCUACCUGCACCCCUCUGCACCUCCUCCACGCUCCUCCUCCUCGUGCCUUAGGCCAUCCGUCAGUGAGGGAGGGGACCGGGACAGGGGGAUGUGGGACAGGGGCUCUAAGUCUAGAUCUAAGGGGGGGUCGGGGGCUCUGCGAACUGCACACACUCAGAGCUCCGAGGCUGAUGGCCUGUCUUAUGACUCUGUCAAGUACACCCUAGUGGUGGACGAGCAUGCCCAGCUAGAACUGGUGAGCUUGAAGCAGUGCUACCAUAGCUACAGUGAAGACAGCGACACAGAGACGGUGUAUGAGUCAGCCAACGAGGAGGACUAUGAGGUGGAUCACAGUGAGCUGAAAAGAGAAAGGAGAAAGUCAGCACGCCUGUCCAGGGCUUCUUCAUCCUCUGAGGCAGGUGUUGGCGGGGUACCUCGAACACGCAAGUUCCUCAAUGUGUUUGUGAACGGACGUUUACACUCCUCUGGUGCAGAGUCCUUUGGCCUGUUCUCCUGUGUGUUAGACGGGGUAGAGCAAGAGCAGAGCCACAGAGCUGUGUUCAGGUUUGUCCCUCGCCAUGACGAUGAGCUGGAGCUCGAGGUGGAUGACCCCCUACUGAUGGAGACUCAGGCUGAUGACCUAUGGUGUAAGGCCUACAACAUGAGGACUGGGGCCAGCGGCAUCUUCCCUGCCUACUACGCUGCCAAGGUCACACAGGAACAAAGCAAAGAUGACAGAGAUGACUGGGUUGACAGAUUCCGUGUGAAGUUCCUAGGCUCUGUUAACGUACCGUACCACAAAGGCAACGAUGUGCUUUGUGCUGCUAUGCAAAAGAUUGCUACCAACCGGCGGAUGACCAUGCAGCCUCCCUCUACAUGUGUUCUGGAGAUCAACAUGAAGGGGGUGAAGAUCAUAGUGCAAGAUGAAUGCAGGACCUCGGAAAGAGGGGAGAAGUGCUUUCACUUUUUCCAGCUUAAGAACAUCUCCUUUUGCGGCUGUCACCCAAAACAUAACAAGUAUUUUGGAUUCAUCACUAAACAUCCUGAUCAUCAGCGGUUUGCUUGUCAUGUAUUCAUGUCAGAUGACUCCAUGAUGCCCCUAGCUGAGUCUGUUGGGAAAGCCUUCCAACUGUACUACAAGGAAACUGUGGGCUACUCCUGUCCAACAGAGGACAUCUUCAUUGAAUAGCGUUCUCUCAAUAGUAUAUUUCUCCAAUAUUGUGUUAUGAUGAAACAACUUGCAUGGUGGAUUUUAAACUGCAUUGAAUGGUAACGCUUUGGCCGACUCCUAAAAUCAGUCUUUACAAUAUGCUAGUAAAUAACCAUUUAGUAAUACUGAUCUGCAACACAAUCUACUUGGUGCAGUUUUCUACUCACUGCCAUGUUUCUACAGAACAAACAUGUCUACAGAAAGCAUUACCGGUCCCAUCCAAAAGAGCCUACAUGUAUCUUCCUCACAAAGGUUUUUGGCCAAAAGUACAGUACUGUUAACUGUAAAGUGUGCAACCAAAUGUGAGAACGGGUGCUACAGUGCAGAGAAACCAACAAGUAGUUACAGAUCACACUCAAUAUCAAGAUAGAAUAUGUUUAUGUGGCUUUAUGAGCUAUUCCAAAUGAUAUGAGAUCACUAUCAAGUCACCUGGAACCCUCGUCUCUGUACGGAGGAAGACAGUGGCAGUGACUUCAAUCUGUCUACGUGUCCCUGGACUGUUUUUAGUGUCACACGGUUUGAUUUCAGAUUCAGUGAGUAUAUAUGUUGGAAAGUUUAUUUAUGGAUUAAUAGUCCAUCACAUCAUAACAGGCUUUAAAUUAAAUGCAGUCCGUCAGUGCAUUCUCACCAAUUAACUAUGUGAAAAUGAACUCUGACUAGGGCUUGUCAUCUAUCUGCCAAUACCAAAAAGGUGAAUUAACUCUUAUUUUUUUACUGUAUUGAAAGGAAUGUAAUUUCAAUUAAGAAAUAUAAAAUAGUAGUCUGUUAUUGAAGAAUCUAUGUAUAUUGGUGGGUAAGCAGGUGUAAGUUAAGUAUGGUAUCCUAAUAACAUUGUUUCCUACCUAAUUCAAUCACGCUCUAUCACAUUCUAUGUGUGGAAUUCUAUCCGGGUGACCCUUGAAAAUGACAAUCUACAGACAAAAAAGCCCCACGUAUUAAUCCUUACUCCUACUGUAACUUGGAAACAAUGUUUGGCCAAAAUUGUAUGGUGGAAUUACUGUAUAAGGAUAAUAUUUCAACAAGUAUGAUCUUGGCAUCACUGUGGUCUUACCACUUUAAAAGUCAUCCUGAAGGCACUUUUUCUAAAAAUCAAAACCACAAGUAGUGCCUAUUUUCUAAUUAUUGUGAUUACUGUUUACAGUAUGUAUUUCCUUUUUAUUUGAGAUGGUUCUGGCACUGUGGAACAGAUGUAUUACCUGUACAAUAGAAAUAUGCUGUUUGUAAAUGAAAUGUCCUACAGUAGGUUUGAUCAAACCCCGUGUGUAUUGCAUGAUAUCAAUGUCAAACAAAACAAUGUAGAGAAAGACUCAGGAGGUCAAUUCUUGUCAUUAAAUCUGAAGGUGUUUACAUCUUCUCUGAAACUCA